AAACAAUCGAAAACUCUGAGCAAUCUGAUUGAAAAUCUCGGCUACACCAUCGAAAACAUCGAGACCCGUGAUCCAAUUCCAGUUACAAAUGUGAAUAGAAAGACUAUGGCGAAGGUUGCUGAAUGGUGUGAGAAGCACAAAACCGAUGCAAUUCCAGAGGACAAUAUGAAUGUUCUCAAGACUCUUACCAUUCCAGAAUGGGAUCAGAAGAGGAUGAAGCUCCUUGACAUCAAGGGUCUCAUGUACUUUGGGUGUAAAACUGUUUCCAACAUGGCAAAGGGAAAAACAACUGCUGAACUCAGAGAGAUCUUUGGAAUCAAUACGGAUGAACAGGAUGCUGCUGAGGAAACUGCACAGAGAGCUGUCGCCGAAGUUGUCUAA